ACUAUGACGCGAAAGGGACCCAUCGCUCAGUGCGCAUGCUCGCCUGACUGCCUCAACUGUCAUGGCUGCGCAAGAUGACGGCGGUGGGGACCGUUGGGAGCCGUUGAAGGCCCGAUGAAGAGAAGAGACGCGGAGGCGGCGGCGCCGGGAGGGCAUGGGCUUGGUGGGGAGCCGCCUCUGGAGCGGCCGGGGGGCCUCGGCGGCAGGAGGGGGCCCCGCUGAGGGCGGGCGAGCGGAGGGGGCGCCCAGGCGGAGUGGGGUGGGCAAGCGGAAGCGGGGCCGGCGGAGGGAGCGCGCCGCAGACAGCGACGAGGACGGGGAAGAGGACGAGGACGACGAGGAGAGCAGCCGCAGCAGCCAGGAGAGGCUCCUCAAUACCCCCAGGAGGAAAAAGCUAAAGAGCACCUCAAAGUAUGUUUAUCAGACUCUAUUUUUGAAUGGCGAAAACAGCGAUAUUAAGAUUUGCGCUCUGGGAGAAGAAUGGAACUUGCACAAGAUAUACUUAUUUCAGUCUGGCUAUUUCUCCAGUAUGUUCAGUGGUUCUUGGAAGGAAUCAGGCAUGAGUACGAUAGAAUUGGAAAUUCCUGAUCAGAAUAUUGAUAUAGAAGCUUUGCAGGUGGCAUUUGGUUCACUUUAUCGAGAUGAAGUUCUGAUCAAUCCAAGCCGAGUCAUUGCUCUCCUGGCUGCGGCCAGCAUGCUGCAGUUGGACGGCUUAAUGCAGCAGUGUGGAGAGACCAUGAAGGAAACCAUCAAUUCGAAAACUGUCUGCAGUUAUUAUAAUUCUGCAGGGACAUAUGGAUUAGAGUCCUUGAAGAAACGGUGUCUGGAAUGGCUUUUGAACAACCUGAUGACCCACCAAAGCAUAGAACUCUUCAAAGAACUCAGCAUAAGCCUCAUGAGACAGCUGAUCAGUUCCUCUAACCUAUUUGUCAUGCAAGUGGAGAUGGAUGUCUACACUGCACUCAAGAAGUGGAUGUUCCUUCAGCUGGUGCCUUCUUGGAAUGGAUCACUAAAACAACUCCUAAGUGAAGCAGAUGCUUGGUUUUCUAAGCGCAGAAAAGAGUUUGAGGAUGGCAUUUCAUUCUUGGAAACCGAACAAGGCAGUGCAUUUUGGACAGUGUUCCGGCACCUAAGGCUGCAGUACAUUGUCAGCGACCUGGCAUCUGCACGGAUUGUUGAGAGGGACAACCUGAUACCUGCAGAGUGGCUGUCCUGUGUUUACAAACAGCAAUGGUUUGCCAUGCUCAGAGCAGAACAAGACAAUGACACUGGGCCGCAAAAAAUUAACAAGGAGGAGCUCGAGGAAAACAGCAUGCGGUGCGGCAGAAAACUGGCCAAGGACGGGGACUAUUGCUGGCGAUGGACAGGCUUCACCUUUGGCUUUGACCUGCUGGUGACCUACACCAACCGCUACAUCAUCUUCAAGCGCAACACCCUGAACCAGCCCUGCAGCGGGUCGGUCAGCCUGCAGCCCCGGAGGAGAAUCGCUUUCAGGUUGCGCCUGGCCUCAUUCGACAGCAGUGGGAAGCUUAUUGGCAGCAGAACAGUGGGAUAUCAGAUUCUGACCCUUGAGAAAGAUCAGGAGCAGGUGGUGAUGAACCUGGACAGCCGGCUGCUGACCUUCCCUCUCUAUAUUUGCUGCAACUUUCUGUACACUUCUCCAGAGAAGAGGAGGGAGAAUGAGGAGUUGCCGGAAAACCCUGAAACUUGAGGCCAGUCUCCUUUGGGUCUUCCUUUCCAGACAGCUUUAAAUCCAAAGGAUGGGGAGGGGGGGAAGAGACUCCAAAGGCCCAUUUAACUCAGUGUAGCAGAGAAAAAUGAAACUCCCACGUCUCCCCCAUUUCAACAUUCCUUUGCAUAUCAAAAAGGAUUGGGAUGAGCCUCUGGAAUUCUGAAAAGUUGGGAAGACUAUAUUAGAGAACAGUUUGUCUUUCUUGCCUCUUAGAGAGAGAAUUUAACUUGAGCAAAGCUAAAUUGGACCUGUGCUUGAAAUGUGGAAAGCCUAUCUAUAAAGUCGAGGAUAUGUGUUAGCUUAAUUGUCAAAUGAUCAUUCCUCCUCCUUCAUUCCCUCCCCCCUUUUUUGUGUUACUCAUUCAGUAGGUGAACUGAAUCCCUGGUGUAACAUAUUCUGUUUUAGUUUUGAGAUGUAUAUUUUGUGAGCAGAGGAUACAUUGGAAUGUGUUGGUUUUUUUAAAAUUCGUUGUUUGGAAUGCACAGAAGCAGGACGUAAAAGCAGAGGUCGCUCAAUAUGGGGGAAGGCUCUUCAUUUGGGAUUAUAGUUUUUGCAUGCCAUUAAAAGCAUCUACCUCCUCUGCAGCGAGGUUUGCCAAGUCCUGACACUUAAAAAAGCCUGAAAACUGUAUUAGAAACAAUCGCAUUCUGUUUGCUAAGGCUCAGCCAUAUUGCGCAAAGAGCUAUUGGUGUUCUGUUCCGGAUUCCUAUUUUGGAAAGGCACAGGAGGCUUCGCAAGGUCUGGGUUCUUUGUUCCCUUCUCUGGAGAGGAAUGUUGGAAGGAAAACCUUGUAUUGGGACCAAGAUCCUUGAGAAAUGCCUUCAUAAAAGACUCAUAUCUCUCUCCAUGAUGUGUCUUGUGUGCAUGAGAAGCACACAACAUUGGCAUAUCAUUUUGCCUUCAAGUUUUGCCCAGAGCCAAAUACGAGAGGGCCUUUAAGCAUCAAUUACCUUUGGGCGUAUCUCCAUCCUGAUUCCAUUCAGGAACCCGUACACUUCCGAGUGCCUUUUUUUAGUUGCCUGCGCAUUCACCCCUUUUAAAUAUAUAUAUAUAUAUUACUUUAAAAUGUUGCUUGAGAUAAGUUGCCACACUCCCUCCAAAAAAGAUAAAUUGCAAUGUACAUAACUGUACAUAACUGUGUCUGGGGGGCUUGCUAUUCGAUUUCUACCAUUUUAUUUGUCAGCAGCCUAUUUUGUAAGAUCCAAUUCUAUACCGUUUGUAUGUCAUGUAGAUACAAUAACAUGUUAAGGCUGUGAAUAAACCCUCUGUCAAUGAGA